AUGUAUACAGUGAAACAACUAUCUCCUUUGAAGUCAAAGAUCAAUUCCCGGCGAUCACCGGCGGUAGGAGUCGCCGGAAACAACGGUGUUAAGCUAACGACUCGAGUGCCGGUUUCACGCGUCAAUUAUGGUAGUUCAAUCCGAGCAGCGAUAAGUAGCGAAGACAAGACUGUAGAGUCUGCCAAGUCUAAUAAUAAUGAAAUAAGAGGGCGAUCAGUGUUGUCUUCUUCUUUGGAUGAGAAAAAAGGAAGAGGAAUUGAUGUAAGAGCUGUCAUUACUAUAAGGAAGAAAAUGAAAGAAAAGAUCAAUGAAAAAUUUGAUGAUCAAUGGGAGUAUUUUGUUAAUGGCAUUGGUCAAGGGAUUUUAAUUCAACUUAUUAGUGAAGAAAUUGAUCCUGUGACCAACUCAGGAAAGAGUGUGAAGUCUACUGUGAGAGGCUGGUUGCCAAAGCCAUCAAACCAUGCUCAUAUUAUUGAAUAUGCAGCUGAUUUCACAGUCCCGUAUGAUUUUGGUAAUCCAGGAGCUGUUCUUAUUACCAAUCUUCAUGGAAAAGAAUUCUACUUGGUGGAGAUUGUUAUUCAUGGCUUUGAUGGAAGUCCUUUUUUCUUUUCUGCAAAUACAUGGAUCCAUUCCCAAAAAGAUAACCCUGAAAGUAGAAUUAUCUUUAGAAAUCAAGCAUAUUUGCCAUCACAAACACCUCCUGGCAUUAAAGAUCUCCGGCAUGAAGACUUGCUUAGCAUUCGUGGUAAUGGAAAAGGCAAGAGAAAGCCUUAUGAUAGAAUUUAUGAUUAUGCUACUUAUAAUGAUUUAGGUAAUCCUGAUAAGGAUGAAGAUCUUGCUAGGCCGGUUGUCGGUGGUAGUAAAGAUUUGCCUUAUCCUCGGCGUUGUAGAACUGGCAGGCCUCCAACCAAGACUGAUCCACUUUCUGAAAGUAGGAUUGAGAAGCCACGUCCAGUGUAUGUUCCUCGAGAUGAAACUUUCGAGGAAAUCAAGCAGAGUACUUUCUCUGCUGGAAGAUUGAAGGCUUUGCUACACAAUCUCAUUCCUUCUAUUGCUGCUGCAUUGUCAAGUUCAGAUGUUCCCUUCACUUGCUUCUCUGAUAUUGAUAAGCUAUAUAAUGAUGGUCUUCUCUUAAAAGCAGAAGAGCAUAAAUUAGUCCAUCCUGCCGUGGGCAAGGUUAUGAAACAGGUUCUCAGUGUUGGUGAAAGGCUAUUGAAAUAUGAAAUCCCAGCUAUAAUAAAACGGGAUAGAUUUGCUUGGUUGCGUGACAACGAGUUUGCACGCCAGGCUUUGGCUGGGGUCAAUCCAGUGAACAUUGAGCUUCUGAAGGAAUUUCCAAUUCGCAGUAAACUAGACCCUUCUAUAUAUGGUCCUCCCGAAUCAGCACUGACAAAGGAUUUAGUAGAGCAUGAACUCAAUGGAAUGAUUGUAGAAAAGGCAAUUGAGGAGAAGAGGCUAUUUAUACUUGAUUACCAUGACAUAUUUUUACCAUUUAUCGACAAGAUGAACUCCUUACCAGGGAGAAAAGCUUAUGCCUCAAGGACAAUUCUUUUCUAUAAUCGAUCUAGUAUGCUGAGGCCUAUAGCUAUUGAGCUGUCACUUCCUCCAACACCUUCCUCACCCAGCAAUAAACGUGUUUUCACUCAUGGGCAUGAUGCUACAACACACUGGAUUUGGAAACUAGCCAAAGCUCAUGUCUGCUCCAAUGAUGCUGGGGUCCAUCAGCUAGUAAAUCACUGGUUAAGGACUCAUGCUUGCAUGGAGCCUUAUAUAAUUGCAACUCACAGACAGCUUAGUGCAAUGCACCCAAUUUUCAUGUUGCUUCAUCCUCAUAUGCGGUAUACACUAGAAAUUAAUGCACUCGCACGGCAAAGUUUAAUAAAUGGAGGAGGAGUAAUUGAGGCUUCUUUUAGUCCGGGAAAGUAUGCCAUGGAGAUUAGCUCUGCAGCAUAUAAGAGUAUGUGGCGGUUUGACAUGGAAGCAUUGCCUGCAGACCUUAUUCGCAGGGGCAUGGCAGUGGAGGAUCCUUCAAUGCCUUGUGGUAUCCGACUCGUGAUCGAAGAUUACCCUUAUGCUUCAGAUGGACUCCUCAUCUGGUCAGCCAUCAAAGAAUGGGUAGAAUCUUAUGUCAAUCACUUCUACUCUGAACAUAAAUCGGUGACAUCCGACGUCGAGCUUCAGGUCUGGUGGGAUGAGAUCAGGAACAAAGGUCACUAUGACAAGCGGAAUGAACCGUGGUGGCCUGAACUCAACACUAAAGAAGACUUAUCUGGAAUACUAACUACAAUGAUCUGGAUUGCAUCUGGUCAACACGCAGCUAUAAACUUCGGGCAGUAUCCCUUUGGAGGGUAUGUUCCUAAUCGUCCUACCCUAAUGAGAAAACUCAUUCCUCAAGAGGACGACCCUGAUUAUGAGAAAUUUAUCCUAAACCCUCAACAUACUUUCCUAUCAUCUUUGCCAACUCAACUUCAAGCCACCAAAGUGAUGGCUGUCCAAGACACAUUGUCAACUCACUCCCCAGAUGAAGAGUACUUGGGUCAGGUGAAUCAGCUACACAGCCAUUGGAUAAAUGAUCAUGAAAUACUCCAAAUGUUCAACAAAUUCUCUUCUCGGUUGGAGGAGAUAGAGCAGAUAAUAAAUAACAGAAAUAAAGAUCCCCGUCUUAAAAACAGAAAUGGUGCUGGCAUUCCCCCUUAUGAAUUGCUUCUUCCCACUUCAGGUCCAGGGGUAACAGGCCGUGGAAUCCCCAACAGCAUCUCUAUCUGAUGGGUUAAACUGGUUUGAUGUUAGUAUGUAGGUCUGGGCUAAUACAAACUGGUUUGAAGUUGUUUUGUAAUAGUUAGUAUAUUGUAUCAACUGCUUGAUGUUUUGUAAUAGUAUAGACGUAGAAUCAUAAAUAGGGUAAUCUAAACUGGGUGUGAUUCAUUCUUCUGGAAAAAUUCAAACUAUCUUCGUAGCUAAUAA